AUGGACCACAUCCACACAGUAACAAGGCUCAUUGAAGUAUUUCGAGAGUACAAAAGACUGCUCUGUCUCACUUUCAUCGGUUUAAAGAAGGCCUUUGAUUCAGUUGAGAUAGAAGCAGCCUUGGAAACCCUUGAUAGUCAACGAGUGCCUACUCAGUACAUAAAGAUUCUUUGUGAGCUGUAUAAAAAUUUCACAACUAAGAUGUCACCAUCCUACAACGAUAUUAACAUUGACGCCAAAAGAGAGGUUAGGCAAGACGAUACCAUCUCGCUAAAAUUAUUUACCACCACCCUCCAGAACGUCUUACGAACAUUGGAAUGGGAUAACAUGGGAGUGAAAAUCGAUGGUCGGCAGUUACACCAACUUCGCCUUGCUGAUGACAUCGUCCUUACAACACCAAGCAUUAGCCAAGCGGAACGUAUGCUUGGCGAUUUUGAUAAAGCCUUUGGGAAGAUUGGUUUUCGAUUAAAUCUCACAAAAAUGAUUUUCUUUAGGAACGGAUUGAUUUCGCAUGCCCCAUACACGCUCAACGGAACGAACAUCUCCGAAUGGUCCAGUUAUGUCUAUCUAGGUCGGGAAAUCAACAUGUUGAACGACUUAGCUCCAAAGUUGAGCAGAAAGGAAUGA